AACUGUUGACAAUUGCAACAUAAAAAUACCUUUUAAAAAAAAGGUUAUAAAAAAUAUUCAUUCUUUACUAUUUUUAAAUUAAUUUUGUAUUCAUCGAACUUCUCUUAUUGUCGGACGUGUUUGUAACCUUUAUAAUUUCUACUAAAACCGAAUUAUAUACGAAGUGGCAAAACAAUCAGCGUUUCCUUUAAUACAGUUUGCGAGUGGUGAAAUAAUCAGUCCACACACAUUUUAACAUGGUCCUUCGAAAGUGACCACUUCGUGUUCAAGAAUUUUACCAUCACACGACGAUCACCGACAACGAUCUAAGAGAGACGACGACAUUAUUUUAUAUACCAUCAAGAGGAUUGAGAUACCUACCGUGCUGUUCAGUAUAUCGGGCCGGUCAACAACGUAUCAAGAAGAUUCUCAUACAAGACAAUCAAGACUUUUCUUUCAGCAAUUUUAUUUCAGCAUUAUAAUAUAUUUCGACGCUACAUAUUGUUUUUGCAACAUAACCGUGAGUCAACAAUUUAUAUUACUCCGGUCAAGAACAUCGUCGCAUCAUUUCAUUCAAGAUUUUCAUUCAAGACAGCAAAAAAAAUUUCAAGAUUUCGCGCCGUUUUCGCUUCAAGAAACAAACGAAGAUCGGCAUACGUCACACGGAACGGAACAAAACGGUUUGACAAAUAUACUUCACGAACCUAGAAACCGCGCCAAAAGCACGACUUCGCGCGCGAUCGUCCUUUUUUAUUUUUUACUUUUUUUAUUUGUCUGUGGUUUCAUUCAUGACGCAUGCGCGUUUUGUUUGACGGACGUUGAUGCGUGUUAUCAAUUGUUAUCUUGUAAACUUUACUUGUAAAAAGUUCAAAAAGUGUAAUUGUGCAGUGAAAUGGCGGAGAAAUCUCAUUCUUCCAAGGGUUUAAAGGAGGCAGUGGCCUCGCGAGGUUACUUAAAAGAUCGUGAAAUAAGGCGUCGUGAACCCCGCAUAGAAAACCCGCCUCCGACCACUACAAUGACUUCUCCAGCCACUCCACUGAGCAAAAUUAAUUUGCCACCAAUAGAGCUUCCCACCUUCAGUGAUACAUAUACUGCUCGGGCAUACCAGCUCGAUAGAGACAUGGAGAAGGAGCCAACGCUGAACGACUUCCUGAGCUUCCUCGAUCAAAGAGCUCUGGCGCUGGAAAAUGCUGAGCCAGGGAAUGCUCAGUACCGGUCACCGAAUGCAAAGGUGGUAACACAUGUUACCAAGGAGGAGCAAGCCUGUGUAUACUAUCCUGCUGCCGACGGAGUUACCCAGCAGCAGUCGAGCGACGCCGCAUAGCGCGAGGCAACCCAGUCUCAUCAACACUAAGUUCGGGUAUAUUAUUGCAGGGAGUUUGCCACAAAGGAGUAUCAACAAAGUCUGUAACAAGGUAUCUUUAAAAUGUAUUGCUUGUGAAGCUGAUGUUAAUAACACAUUAACUCAAUUUUGGAAGACUGAAAGUGUCCCACAAAUAUUUAAUGAAACAAAUUCAGAACAAGAACUGACUGAACAUAUUUUUCAAAAUACUGUGCAGUUAAAGGAUAAACAGUUUGAAGUGGCCUUGCCUUUGAAGCUGCCUAUCGGCGAUAUUAAUGAUACUUUAGGUGAAUCCUUUCAUUUUGCUUUAAAACGAUUUUUGAAUUUGGAGAAAAAAUUACAUAAUAAUCCCAAUCUUUUCUCCGAGUAUAAAAAGUUCAUUGAUGAAUAUAUAUCUCUAAACCAUGGCCAUUAUGUAGACAUUGAGCAGUAUGACUUGAAUAAAGAUGCGGUGUAUUUUUUACCCCAUCAUGCAGUAAUUAAAGAAGGUAACAAAACAACAAAAUUGCGAACAGUUUUCGAUGGUUCAAUGAAAACUAAUAAGAAAGUUUCGCUUAAUGACUUAUUAAUGAAUGGGCCAAUUGUUCAGAGGGACUUGUUCGAUAUUUUAUUAUUAUUUCGUCUUGGUAAUUAUACUAUUACGACGGAUAUAAAGCGCAUGUUUAGAAAUAUAAAGGUGAGCCCUGAAUACACUUCUCUUCAAAAUAUUUUAUGGAGAGACGAUCCUAAUGAUAGUGUCAGGUGCAUUAGGUUAGAUACAGUUACGUAUGGCUUAAAAAGCUCGAGCUAUCUAGCUACUCGCUGUCUCGACGAGCUUGCGAGGCUUCAUGAACGCGAUCUGCCAUUGGCAUCGUUCAUAUUGAAAAAUUGUACAUAUGUCGAUGACGUAUUAUACUCUGAUAACGACUUAGAAAAUAUUUUAGAAGCAAAAUCGCAACUGCGCGACCUUCUUAACCAUGGAAGUUUUCAAACUCACAAAUGGUCUUCCAAUGAUACGCGGAUAUUAACUGAUAUUCCCACCUCUGAUCAGCACUUUGACGACUUAGAAUUGCAGGAAGACGAUUGUAGUUUGAAGGCUUUAGGUGUUUGUUUAGUCAUGAAAAGCGAUCAGUUUAAAAUUUCAUGCCCCGAGCCGUUCGAUCAGAGCAAGGUGACAAAAAGGAACAUUCUAAGCUAUAUAGGAAAGUUUUACGAUCCCAUGGGUUUCGUCAGCCCCAUCAUCGUACAGGCUAAAGUAAUAAUGCAAAGACUAUGGGCAGUCAAUACUGACUGGGAUGCUACAGUCCCCGAUGACAUUAAGAGGGAUUGGUUAGAGUUUGUUUCGAGUCUGGCGGCCAUGGAGCCAAUAUUGAUAGAUAGAAACUUAUAUAUAACAGAGUCAGAUACCAUCGAGCUUAUCGGUUUCUCAGACGCGUCCAGCUUGACAGCAUAUGGUUGCUGCGUGUACUUACGAGUCACUAACGCUUCAGGUAAUGUGAGAUUGCAUUUACUCUGUUCAAAGUCCAGAAUAAAUCCACUUCGUGAUACUAACAUGACAGUGCCGCGCUUGGAACUUAACGCUGCCUUGCUGCUUUCUAAAUUAAUAAGGAAAGUCUACGACACGCUUACAUUGAAGCUGAAAAUAAAACAAGUGUAUUUAUUCUCGGACUCGCAGAUUGUCCUUGCUUGGCUUAAUACCGAGUUCACACAACUCCAAGCAUAUGUUGCGAACAGAGUAAAGGUAAUACGUCAGCAUACUGCUGCUCAUAAAUGGCUAUACAUAAAUACUAAGGAUAACCCCGCUGAUUACAUCAGCAGAGGAGUAAGUCCUGAAGAGCUCGGCUGUUGUGCAAUGUGGUGGCAUGGGCCUGAAUGUCUGCAUGAUAGUAAGUACGAUUUUCAUUACAAUGUAGACUUACCAGCAGUCUUGCCCGACGCCAAAACGCCCGCAGCAUUUUCCAGCAACCAGGUAUCAUCUACCCAAGGUAGUAUUUUUGAGCAUUUACUAAAAUAUUCUAGCAUCCACAAAAUGACGCGAAUACUUACAUACGUCUUACGGUUUUGCAAUAAUGUUAAUUCUAGUAAAACUAGCAUUGUAUAUAAAUAUUUAUCAAGCGCUGAAUUGAGUAACGCUUUAAUGUUGAUUAUAAAAAAUGAUCAACAAACUCAUUUCAAACACGAAAUAGAGUGUUUGCAUAAAAAAUGUAUGGUAAAAGGUUCUUUACAGGGCUUGCAUCCUUAUAUUGAUAACGAGGGGCUCUUACGAGUAGGCGGUAGGCUGCACAAUGCAGACAUAUCUUACUCGCAAAAACAUCCUAUAAUCUUACCCAAAUCCUCUCAAGUCACUAGUUUGAUUAUAAGAAGUGAGCAUGAAAGGCUUUUACAUGCUGGUCCUAAACUAUUGUUAGCUAAUCUCCAUCAGAGAUAUUGGAUUGUGAAUGGGCUUGUAGAAGUUAAGAAAAUAACACAAAAAUGUAUGAUUUGUUUUAGACAGAAGGCUACCGCGUCGCAACAGCUGAUGGGGUCCUUGCCUACUGGGAGAGUGACAGCAACCUCACGUGCCUUCGAGAGGGUCGGAGUAGAUUACGCUGGGCCUUUAAACAUAAAACUUUCACGCGUGAGACGAUCCGUUAUAGGUAAAGGUUAUAUCUGCGUUUUUGUAUGCUUCACUACGAAGGCUAUACACCUCGAGUUAGCAUCAGAUCUAACCACAGAAACCUAUCUCGCGUGCUUGAAACGAUUGGUUUCUAGAAGAGGAUUACCCAAAGAAAUCUACUCUGACAAUGCUGCCACUUUCAGGUGUGCGAGGAACCAGUUAGUUGAGCUCUAUAAUCUGCAGUCAUCACAAAGACACCAGGCUCAGGUUUAUGAAUUUGCUGCCCAAAGGGCCAUAGAUUUCCAUUUCAUUCCUGCGUAUUCGCCUACCUUUGGUGGUCUUUGGGAGGCUGCGGUGAAGAGUACCAAGUACCAUUUAAAAAGGGUACUUCAAAAUAAUGUAUUAACUUAUGAACAGCUUAACACUGUUCUUACUGAGAUUGAAUGUAUACUUAAUUCUAGGCCUCUAAUGCCAUUGUCAACUUCAGAUGUAAAUGAUUACACUUAUUUGACACCUGGUCACUUUCUAAUUGGAAAUGCUCUCACUAUGUAUCCUGAAAAAGACAUUAAUAACAUUCCAAUUAAUAGAUUAAAGUUUUGGCAACAAUGUAUACAGAUAAAACAAUCAUUCUGGAAAUUGUGGCAUAAACAGUAUUUGAAUGUUCUCCAGAACCGCCCUAAGUGGCGCAUUGAGCAGUCUGACAUUAAAGUCGGUACCCUAGUCCUACUGAAAGAGGACAAUACCCCCUCUGCCACAUGGCCUAUGGCCCGAGUUACUAAUGUCUUUCCUGGAAAGGACAAUAAAAUUAGAACUGUAGAAGUAACUACCUCAAAUGGGAAAAAACAUACCCGUGCUAUUAAUAAGGUGUGUAUAUUGCCUAUUAGCGAUUAAUAUUAUUUUAUUUUUACUUUUUUUCUAAGGUUAAAAUUAUACCUAUCUUUUUUUUAAGUGGAGUAUGUAAACUUAAUGUUUAAAUUCAUUUUUUUUAAUUCAUUUAUAAAAACUCAUAAGUAAAAUUAUUUGAGAUAAGUUUCUUAUGUGCACUCUCAAUUGUAAGCUUUCAUUAGUGUUGUAUUAUGAAUUGUAUAAUGUUUAAAAGUUGAUGCACUUUCUUUCAUUUUGUGAUAAAUUUUAUACAUUAACUUUCAUGUUUAGAUUUUUGACACUGUUACAGUAAUUAUUGUUAAAGUUGACAUGCUUUCGUACAAUAUUUCAUAUUGUGAGUCUGUUGUAUAUGUUUAAAGUUCAUGUGCUUUCAUCCAGUUUAGGUUGAUGUAUAGAAAUUGUAUAAGUUUAAGUUUUGAUAACUUUACUUCUCGAGGCGCAGCAUGUUGACAAUUGCAACAUAAAAAUACCUUUUAAAAAAAAGGUUAUAAAAAAUAUUCAUUCUUUACUAUUUUUAAAUUAAUUUUGUAUUCAUCGAACUUCUCUUAUUGUCGGACGUGUUUGUAACCUUUAUAAUUUCUACUAAAACCGAAUUAUAUACGAAGUGGCAAAACAA